UGCGGCUCUGAGGUAUUCUUGAAUCAGGGCCGCCGGAUACAGCUCCAUUCUACCUCCAACUGCCAUUAAGAGCUAGGAUAGCUCGAACCAGACCACUCUAUCAAGAUGACUGCAUGGAAUGUAUUCCGAAUACUGGGAGACUGUUCCCAUCUACUUUCCAAAUGUAUCCUCAUCUUCGCUAUCCAUCGGAACCGGAGCGCUGAAGGUGUCUCAUUCAUCACACAAGUUUUCUACGCCGUCGUCUUCUGCACGAGAUAUACGGAUUUCUUUACCGAGACGUCGACAUGGAACUACUUCUUCAAGCUAUUCUACAUCCUAUCGUCCUUCUACAUCAUAAUUAUUAUGCGAUGGCUAUUCCCACGGACUAGAGAACGCGAGCUUUCUUGGAAGUUGGGCGCUGCCGUAUUGAUGGGGUCGCUUUUCAUUUCGCCCUUCACCAUGCUCAUUUUCGAGCGGAAAAUGGGUUGGGGCUUCUUCUCGUGGAUGUACGACUUCUCCCUCAUCCUCGAAUCCGUCUGCGUCCUCCCGCAACUACUCCUACUCCGCGAAACCACCGUCCCGACCGUUAUCGACUCGUUCUAUCUAAUCACGCUAGGCUCGUACCGCGCCCUAUACAUCCUGAACUGGAUCCUGCGCGAGCUCGACGUCAACGAUCGCAAGCCGAGCACCGUAUCUAUUAUCUUCGGUGUCAUCCAAACCGCGCUGUACGUCGAUUUUUUCUGGGUAUACUACACGCGCCAGCGCGUCAAGCUACGGGGUGGCGGUGUUGUCGACGCCGAUGAUAUCCGUCGGGGCUGGUUGCUCGCGCGUAUUUUCGGUAACAAGCGAUUCGCGGCCCAGGCCUCUGCCGACGAUGAGGAGAGUGCGCCGGCGUUAGGUGGACGUGGCGGAAAUCAGCGCAGAUCCAAGUGGGGAUCUAGGGGUAUCUCGAUUAGCGCUGAUGACGGUGUACAUGAACAUGAACGCGAGAGGGGACAGCAGCAUGAUGCGGAUGAAUUUACGGAUGCUACGGUUGAUCCUGAUGCUAAGAUGAGAGAUCCUGAUGAGCUGGCUAGGGCACUGGAUGAUGAUGAUAGUAGCGACGACGAAGGGUUACCGCCGGCUGCGUCGUCGCAUGCCGAGCAGAGUAGGAGUGGUGUGAGCAACGGAAGUGAGUGGCGAGAUAACUAGGCUAAGUUGUACUUAGCUUGGUAAUAUUCGCACUGGUAUUUGGAUGGUCAAGGAAACGGGCAAGGGAAUUUGUACGACUAAACAAGUUCGAUUUCCUCGUGCUUCAGGGAUAUGAAAGAGGAGGAAGAUGUGUUACUCUACUGUACUGUUAGCAUCACGAGGGUCAUCAACAAGGCGUACGGUAUGCGUGGAGGGAGUCAUGGCUUCUACGCUGUGGGGUUGUUUCGAGGAUAGCCAGUUCUUGAAUUUCCCAACUUAUUGAGAUAUGGAUUCUCUCUGAUUUUGUGUCCAUUGUUUGUUUACGGACUUCAGAAUUCUGGAGUCGCGACUCGGCAAUUAGUGCAUCACUACAUUAUUUCAGGUACCAAGAUGGUUAGGUAUUUGGUAAUGCUAGACGGUAUCUUGUAUGCGGGCCCUGAUCUAAGUGAAGCUAUCUACACCGAAUAAUCGUAUAACCCGACACCUGCGCCUCGUGCUCAAUGACUAUUGUCAUUAACAUCAUGAUCA